AUGUCAUCGCCUGCGGAUUCCUUCAAUGCACCGCCAAGUCAGCACGCGCGACCGCCCACCAAGGAGGAGAUUGCGGCGUUCAUGCUGCGGCACACCGGGCAUCUUCCGUUCGUGCUUCACGCGGAAGACCUGCCCCAGGGAGGCGAGAAUGACUCGGCCUCAUCCCUAGACAACAGGCACACAAACACUGCGCGGUGGGUAGCGCCGUACCUUUACACGGGUGCCGAUUACGCCCUUGCCCUGGCCGCCUGCUUCCCAAGCCACUGCAUCGAUCUCUCGCUGCUGAACUGGUCGACAAACCCGCUGCUCUCCCAGCGUCAGGGCAACUUGCGUGUGUUUUGUCAAGCCGCACGCGCGCUAGCGCUCCCAGACGCGCCGCUGUCGGCACUGCACCCGGAGCUGCUGCAGAGCAGCGCGGCCUGCAUCGUAGGGCACCUCAAGGUGCAGCAUUGGCUUUAUAGUCUCUCACAGCGGUUUAUGCCUGCUUCUAAUCACGACGCAGCGACACUGCGCGCGGUGCACCGGCAUCUGCAGUCGGGGGAACCUUACCUAAAACGAAGGCGAGGCGAGCACGACGAGGAUGGCGUGUGCGCGUCGGUGCGCGACUGCCCGCCCCUGCCGGCUGAGCACCUGCUGCGGUGUGCACCGGCCCUCACUCCCAUCCCCUCUUUCACCGACACAACCGAGUCAGGGCUGCUGUCUUCUGCCGCCGCUGUUUCUGCUGAGGCGAACCCGAAGGAGGGCGCAGAGACGUCUAUUGCUCUAGCCAGCCACUCUGCAGGUGAUGCAGCCGAGUUUGCAAAGAGGCAGAAGCCGUGGCUCAACUACAGCAAGCCGUGGCUGUUACCUUCGCUGCGCGCUGCGGAGGCAAAGAAGGCGGCGAGCGAGGCGGCAGCGGCGAAGCGGGCGCAGGAGGAGAGGGAGCGCAACUCUCGGUACACGGCUUACGUAGCGCAGGCCAAGAAUGUGCACGAUCAGUACGUGGUGUCGUGUACCGCCGCGGCAGAGAAGCGGGAUCAGCUGCGCACCAUCAAGGCUCUGCUACUGCAGGACAUCAUGGAGGGAAAACCCGUGGAUUUCAAGGACUACGCCACACGACUUAGCGAGUGCCACUGA